AGGGUUGUGGUUAACUCUGAUAGGGUUGAAUCACUUCUGGAAAGUUUGAAGACAAUUCAUUCUACUGUUUUGGAAGACCAGACAUUCAGAUAAAUGCAGUAUCUAAAUGUAAAAGAGGAUUGCAAAGCCAUGGCUUUCUGUGCAAAACUGAGAAACUCAAAAAAAAGUGAAGUGACCACAGAAGCACGAGAGCAGGGAUUGGAAAUCGUAUUCUAUUUGCAAGAGAAGCCUCCCAUUUGGUAUACCAGUGGCGAGUACACAGCAGAAGACCUGUGUAUUGAAGCUGCCCAGAAGUGCGCUGUAUCUCCAUUGUGCCACAAUCUCUUUGCGCUAUUUGAGGAGAGUAGAAAACUCUGGUAUGCACCGAACCAUGUUUUCAAAAUAGAUGACAAGACAGCCCUCCGACUCUAUUAUCGCAUGAGGUUUUAUUUUACAAACUGGCAUGGGACAAGUGAAAACGAGCCAUCAGUCUGGAGGCAUUCUCCAAAAAAACCAAAGAAUUCCUAUGAGAAGAAAUUAGUGCCAUAUGGAGCUCCUAUCCUUGACACAUCUCCAAAGAAACAAAAGAAUUCUUAUGAGAAGAAACUAGUGCCAGAUGGAACCCCUAUCCUUGAUGCAAAUUCAUUAGAAUAUCUCUUUGCACAGGGACAGUAUGAUUUGGUGAAGUGCCUGGCACCAGUUCGAGACCCUAAAAAUGAUCAGGAGGUUCAUGAAAUUGAAAAUGAAUGUCUGGGAAUGGCUGUCCUUGCAAUCUCGCACUAUGCCAUCAAGAAAAAUAUGAAGCUACCAGAGCUUCCCAAGGAUAUCAGUUACAAACGCUAUAUUCCUGAAACUUUGAAUAAGACCAUCAGACAAAGGAAUAUCUUAACGAGAAUUCGGAUAAAUAAUGUUUUCAAGGAUUUCCUUAAGGAGUUCAAUAAUAAAACCAUUUGUGACAGCAGUGUCUCUCCGCAUGAUCUGAAGGUUAAAUACUUAUCAACAAUGGAGACUUUAACUAAGCAUUAUGGAGCAGAAAUUUUUGAGACUUCAUCAUUGCAGAUUUCAACAGAGAAUGAAAAACAUGGAUUUAAUUUGGGAGACAAUGGGAUCAUGCCACAAUAUGAAGUGAUGGUGACAGGAAACAAUGGAAUACAGUGGAGGCGCAAACCAAAUGUUAUACAGCCUGAAAGAGAGAAACAUAAUAAACUGAAGAGGAAAAAAAUGGACAGCAAAAACAGGAAAGGUGAAGAAAAAAACAAAAGCCGAGAGGAGUGGAACAGUUUUUCAUAUUUUCCUGAAAUCACACUACUUGUCAUAAAGGAGUCCACAAUCAAUAUUAACAAGCAGAAUCAUGAAAAGAUGGAAAUAAAACUUUCUUCACACGAGGAGGCCUUGUCAUUUGCAUCUUUAGUAGAUGGAUACUUCAGACUUACUGCAGAUGCCCACCUCUAUCUCUGCACUGAUGUAGCUCCACCUUUGAUAGUGCACAACAUAAGAAAUGGCUGUCAUGGACCCAUUUGCACAGAGUAUGCCAUCAACAAAUUAAGACAAGAAGGGAAUGAGGAGGGGAUGUAUGUGCUGAGGUGGAGCUGUACAGACUUUAAUCACAUCCUCAUGACAGUGACAUGUUCUGAAAUCUCUCAGCAAAGACUAAAUGAGUCAGUCCAGUACAAGAACUUCCAGAUCGAGGUGACAAAAGAUGGUUGCUUCCUUCAUGGUCCAAAUAAGUUUUUCCCAUCUUUAAAAGAACUGAUGGAUCACUUGAAGGGACAGACCCUUAGAACGGAUAACAUAAGCUUUACGCUGAAGAGAUGCUGCCAGCCAAAACCAAAAGAAAUCUCAAACUUGUUAGUGGCAACAAAGAAAGGCCAGGAAUGGCAUCCUGUUUGCCCUCUAGGUCAACUGAGUUUCCAUCGAAUCCUCAAAGAAGAAAUUCUGCAGGAAGAACACCUUGGAAGAGGAACAAGAACACAAAUUUACUCUGGGAUUCUCAAUUAUAAGGCAGAUGAGAAUGACGGGUACCAGGAUGAAAAAGAGAAAAAAGUCCUCCUCAAAGUCUUGGACCCCAGUCACAGAGACAUUUCUUUGGCAUUUUUUGAGACAGCAAGCAUGAUGAGGCAAAUUUGCCACAAACACAUCGUCUUCCUUCAUGGGGUCUGUGUCCGUGAUGUAGAAAAUAUCAUGGUUGAAGAGUUUGUUGAAUUUGGACCACUGGAUCUCUUUAUGCACCGGAAAAGUGAUGUUCUUACAACUCCUUGGAAAUUCAAAGUAGCCAAACAGCUGGCAAGUGCAUUAAGCUACUUGGAGGAUAAAGAGUUGGUACACGGGAAUGUUUGCACAAAAAAUAUACUGUUGGCAAGAGAGGGAAUUGACCAUGAAUAUGGUCCUUUCAUUAAACUGAGUGACCCAGGAAUUCCAAUAACUGUGCUAUCCAGACAAGAAUGUGUUGAACGAAUCCCUUGGAUUGCACCUGAAUGUGUUGAAGAUUCAAAAAAUUUAAGUGUUGCAGCAGAUAAGUGGAGUUUUGGCACAACACUGUGGGAAAUCUGCUACAAUGGAGAAGCACCCCUGAAAGAUAAGACGUUAGCAGAGAAGGAGAGAUUCUAUGAAGGGCAUUUCAUGUUGGUAACACCAUCCUGUAAGGAACUAGCUGAUCUCAUGAAGCAGUGCAUGAACUAUGACCCCAAUCAGAGGCCAUUUUUCAGAGCCAUUAUGAGAGACAUCAAUAAAGUGGAAGAACAAAAUCCUGAUAUUGUCUCUGAGAAGACACCAUUUGCUGAAGUUGAUCCUACUCUCUUUGAAAAACGGUUUUUGAAAAGAAUCCGAGAUUUGGGAGAGGGUCACUUUGGCAAAGUUGAACUCUGCAGGUAUGAUCCAGAAGGUGAUAAUACAGGAGAGCAGGUGGCAGUCAAGUCUCUGAAACCUGAGAGUGGUGGAAAUCAUAUCGCUGAUCUGAAGAAAGAAAUUGAAAUCUUGAGGAAUCUUUAUCAUGAAAACAUUGUCAAAUACAAAGGAAUUUGCAUAGAAGAUGGAGGAAGUGGGAUCAAACUCAUAAUGGAGUUUCUUCCAUCUGGAAGCCUAAAGGAAUAUCUCCCACGAAAUAAGAGCAAAAUCACUCUCAAACAUCAGCUCCGUUAUGCAGUUCAGAUCUGCAAGGGAAUGGAUUAUUUGGGCUCUCGUCAGUAUGUUCACCGGGAUUUAGCAGCAAGAAAUGUCCUAGUUGAAAGUGAGAACCGAGUGAAGAUUGGGGAUUUUGGCCUCACCAAAGUAAUUGAAACCAAUAAGGAGUACUACACGGUCAAAGAUGAUCUCGACAGUCCUGUGUUUUGGUAUGCUCCAGAAUGUCUGCUUCAGAGCAAGUUUUAUAUUGCUUCAGAUGUCUGGUCAUUUGGAGUGACGCUAUACGAACUACUGACCUACUGUGAUUCAGAGUCCAGUCCAAUGGCGGAAUUUUUGAAAAUGAUUGGCCCAACUCAAGGCCAGAUGACAGUAACAAGGCUUGUGCGUGUAUUAGGAGAAGGAAAACGCUUGCCACGUCCGCCAAACUGCCCAGAAGAGGUGGACCAACUGAUGAGGAAAUGUUGGAUAAACAAUCCAGGUGACCGGACGACCUUUCAAAAUCUUAUUCAAGGAUUUGAGGCUCUUAUAAAUAAAUUAUAAUUAACAUUUUUGUAUUGUCAGUGCUUUAAAUGUAUGUUACAUAGAAAUGCCCAGGUCCUUUUAACUGCCAUAGUUUGUACUCUGCCUAUGCUAAUCUAUAUUUAAGGUUUUUUUUUUCCCAGCAGUUAUUUUUUGGCAUAAUGAACAUUUGCAUCAACAUAUAAAUCCUCCAGCAGAAAAUCUUUAAGCACUCUGCGUCUGUUAGAGUUUUACUUAUUAGAAAAGGUUUAUUCAUUGAUCCAUCAUUCAGAUUUUACUGGACUAACACAAAUCAGAAAGAACUGUGAAGAAAGGGGAUUUAUGAUGGCCAUAGGCAAUGUUCCCUCUAAUUUGUUCUAUCAAGGUGGAGAAUAAAUUUUAUGUGCACCACCAGUAGAAACGCAUGCUGUGAGUGCUCUUCUAAUCAGCUGGAAGCACAUUGAUUAGAACUAUCCAUAGCAAUUUAAUUGCUUUUUCAAAUAUGGAAUUAAUUUUUAGGAGAGUAGAAAGGAGAUUGGGGGUAGGGGAAGGGAGGUGGCUGAGCAAAAAAAGUCCUCUCCUUUAGAUGCACCAGUAUUUUUUAAAAUUCCUGGUACAUAAAAUUCAGUUCAGACACUAUCUACAUCAAUGGUGUCUAAUCACACAGCUUUAACCUACAAUUUGAAGUCUUGAGUUUUUGUGUAUUAAAAAUUAAAUAAAACAUAUGCAUGUAAAUAUUCCAAAAAAGCAUUUGCCAGCUUUUGAGAGUUUGCAUUACAGUGCAGGAAGCCCAGUUUCUUCUUAUAGCUGCUUUUUUUUUAACUAAAACAAAACCUCCUAAGAUAAAUACCUUCCAUCAUUUUUAUAGCAUCCUAUAAACUCAAUUACAGUUAUUCUAGAAUAUGCAGGAGAGCUGCACCAUAGGAAAGUGGCGAAGGGAAAUUAAAUACCUUAUUUUCUUAACACACCUCCCAAAUGUGUACACUAGGCCAUUACUAUGAUGAGCCAUGGGAAGCAUUCUCCACUGAUGUGUGGGUUAGCUUUGACAUAAGAGGAGUUAAGAGUAAUUCUGAGGAUUUUCCUGGAUGCUACAUUUUUUUUGGGCCAGACAUUUUCUGUUCUGCACUUCCUUGAAUUUGUUAACAUCUGUUUAAAAAAACAAAUUAAAUAGGGCUGUAGAAACUUAUCCCCAAGUUUCUGCAAUAGAAACAGUAUUUGGAACUCAACUUGCUGUGCAGUCAUCUACCACAUAUACAGUUAACCAGUAGGGCCAGUCUGGGACUGUUUGUUACAUACACCAAAACAGAUCUUUCAGUUGACUCAAGGGCACUGAAGUCACAUUAUGUAAACUUGGCAAGCUUUUAUCGAUGGGAGCUUAUUCAAACUGGAACCCUUUUGUGUUUGAAUUUAGACAAUAUUAUCUCCCCAAACCUGGAUUCUGAAAAUUCUUAGAGGGCACAUUGUGUUGGCAAUAACUGAUAAAAUGUCUUUAAAGUAUAAAUGUAAUUAACUGAACCCCAAACAGGCAGGAUUAAUUUUUACAGUAUUAUUUGUUUUUCUCUGUGUUACUUAAACUCAGCAGAAUCUAUAUGCACUUUGUUACUCUUUAUACAAAUUAAUAAAGAUUUUUUCCCCCUU